AUGGAUAUGCGAAUGGAGGGACAGGGUUACACUUCGGUGCUGUGUGUGCAUGAUGCCAUGAAUCUAAUCUUCCCUCGUGUAUUGAUGGAUAUCUCUGCUCUGGAAGAACUUCCGGCCACGAUGAAGGAGGCCUACCAGAUCGUCCUCGUUAAGCUGUUCGAAGAAAUCGAAGAAGCAAUCUCAGGGACUGGACCCACUUAUGGCGUUGAAUAUUGUAAGCGAGAGUUCAAAAGAUUGUGCCGGUCCUUCUUGGGCGAGGCCCGGUGGCGCACUGAGGGUCAUGUUCCGAAGCUGGAGGAGUACCUGAGUCAUGCAAACAUCACCGGCGGCUAUUUCUUCCUCUGCCCGUCCGCGUACUUGGGCAUGGAACCAGAGCUGGCCACUCCAGAGGCCUUUGAGUGGGUAGCCGAUAUAACUAAUAAGAUGGUGAUGGCCUCCACUUCCAUCUGUAGGGUCCAAAACGACAUCAUGUCCUACCCGUUCGAGCAAAAGAGGUCGCACGUGGCGUCGGCGGUACAGUGCUUCAUGAAGGAGCACGGUGUCUCCGAGGAGGAGGCGACAAAGGCAAUGUGGGGCCGGAUUUCGGAUGCCUGGAAAGACAUGACUGAGGUGUAUUGCCAGAAGCCAACUCCAUUGCCCAGAGCUUUGCUGUUGCCGGUCAUCAACUUCGCGCGCACCAUCAGUGUCAUUUACUUGAAGGCCGAUGCCUACACUCACCCCCAGUUCCUGAGGGAACGCAUUGCCGACCUCUUCGUCAAUCCGGUGCCGCUUUGA